AUGCAUCGACUCAAUGAAAGCAUCUUGUCCCAUGGCCCAAAGCGCGUUAUAGUCGACUAUUGUGAAACUACGGAGGAUCGCGUAGGUCGGUCGAGAGGACAGCUCAGAGGGGUCAAUGCCAGAGGGAAAAUUAUCAAGAUCGACCUCAUGACCAAGGCUCUCAAAGAUCGUUUGAUAGCUAACAUGAGGUCAGUGCGGCAAAGUCUGACGAGGGACUUUGUCCACUCGUACGCUCGUCGUGAUUAUACGGAGGAGCUAUCACUAGAUCGCAAUCUAAGAAAACAAGCAGGACAACUAAACAAAAAGGCUGGAAAACUUACGUUCAUCGUUCGUGAUUUGGAGAUCCACAAGCUGAGAAGCCUAAGAUAG